CGCCGCGCGCUUGUAUCGAGUACGUCUUGUCGAGAGUUGUCUCUUCGCGUUUAGCGAAUCGAACGUGUUGUAUCGGCGAUACGAGCGCAUACGCACAUAAAUACGCGUGUACAUACGCACAUAGGGUGCGUGACAUUCGGCGUGUCACGAUACGCGGCCAAGAGAGGCGGCAGCAAUCUUAAUGCACUUUCUCUAAGCGCACGCGCUCGCCAUGACGAAUUCAAUCGCGCGUAAUCGUUUCUCGCAUCCUUCGCGCGUGUGACGUGUCUCUUUAUCGCGAGGGUUAAGGAGCGUACUUUUCGAGAGAAAAUCAGUUGAUACCGAAGUUUAUCUCGAUAGCGGAUACGGAGGCUUGGAAAAUGUCGAGGUGAUCCCCUUUUUCCUCUCGCUCUGCCCUCCUCUGACGCUUCGAGGAAAAGAGAAAUACAAUCGUUACGCGAGUUCGAUUCUUUUCCGGUCUUCGUUUUUCCGAUCGUCUCGUAUAAAUCGCGAGGUGGAAUCGCACGCUGGAUCGUGAUCCUCGAUCGACCUGUGCGUCGCCGAUCGCGAUUGAUAGCCGCCAACCAGGAUGCAUCACACGGCGCCUUGGUAUCUGCCCUGGGGCUUGAAGUUGGUGCCGCUGCCGAUACCGCCGGGACAUCCCGCCUCCGGCAUCCCGAAUCCCGCCGGUCUGCACUUACUGGCACCCUUGCCUGGAAUUUAUGCACCGGAACCACGUAAGGUCGAUCUGAAGCCGUUACGGGAGGCAACGGUCGCGGUACCCGCGCCAAAGAUCACCGAGAAGCGAAAAGCCGAAGACGCCGACGCUAGCAAGGAUCUGAAGAAGGCGAAAUUGGAAACGAAAGCGCUGAAAGCGAAGAGGCCGGGAUUCACGGACGAGCGGUACAACGAGACCAGUUAUUAUGUGGAGCACGGUCUCCGUAAGGUAUACCCGUAUUACUUCACUUUCACGACAUUCACGAAAGGUCGAUGGGUCGGCGAGAAGAUCCUGGAGGUCUUCGCGAGGGAAUUCCGCGCCCAUCCAGCCGAGGAAUACGAGAGGUGUAUACGCGCCGGCACGCUGACAGUCAACUAUCAAAAGGUGGACGUCGAUUACAGGUUACGGCACAACGAUCUCCUGGCUAACGUCGUUCACAGACACGAGGUGCCUGUCACCUCGGAGCCGAUCACGGUGAUACACAUGGACGAGGACGUCGUCGUGGUCAACAAGCCCGCCUCCAUCCCUGUGCAUCCGUGUGGCCGUUAUCGCCACAAUACCGUGGUGUUCAUUUUGGCGAAGGAGUACAACUUGAAGAACCUCAGGACCAUUCAUAGGCUGGACCGGCUGACCAGUGGCAUUCUCUUGUUCGGUAGAACGCCGAAGAAGGCGAGGCAGAUGGAGCACCAAAUAAGAAAUCGGCAGGUUCACAAGCAAUAUGUGUGCCGAGUGGAAGGCGAGUUUCCGGAAGAAGAAGUAAUCUGUUCGGAACCGAUCGAGGUAGUCUCCUACAAGAUUGGCGUCUGCAAGGUCUCGGAGAAGGGCAAGGACUGCGUUACGCGUUUCAAGCGUCUUAGUUACAACGGCAAAUCGUCCGUGGUUCUGUGCAAGCCGCAAACCGGCCGCAUGCAUCAGAUUCGCGUUCAUCUGCAAUAUCUCGGCUAUCCCGUGGUAAAUGAUCCGCUUUACAAUCACGUGGUAUUCGGUCCGCAUAAGGGUAAGGGUGGUAACAUCGGCAAGACCGACGAGGAGCUCGUCCGUGAUCUAAUCAGUAUUCACAACGCCGAGAAUUGGCUUGGCAUGGACGGCGACUCCGACAUGAGUUUAUUCAAGCCGAAGUUGGAGCUGGAGGAGCGCGUGCUGGGUACGGGCAAUGAUAAGGAUAACGGCUCGUCGCCGUCGUCCACUCCGGGUCUGGUCGAGGAUGAGCAACAGCAACCGCAACAGCAGCCGCAACAGCAGGAAUCCCUUAAAGUCACCGUGGGAACGCAAACGGGCUCAGAACCGCCGGAUUCCACCUUCGCUAACGACAAGGUCACCGUCGAUCCGCACUGCUACGAAUGCAAAGUCAAGUACAGGGACCCGAAACCGUCGGAUCUGGUGAUGUAUCUGCACGCGUGGCGUUACUGCGGCCCGGGAUGGGAGUACGAGACGCCGCUACCCGCGUGGGCGGCGAGCGAUUGGGUCGGUGACGAUCGAUAGUUCAUACGACGAGAUCGAGGAUGAUCGUGUCGAUCACCAACGCCGUCGCCGUCGUCGUCAUCGUCGAGUCUCGAAUCCCCUUUUGAGAUAUCCUUACCCCGUGCCUUCCAUCCGCCAACGAGCGAUCUUUUGACCAUUGUACACGUACAAAUACACAAAUAUGAACACAAAUACACAAAUUCACAAACAUGAACACUUACGCACACGCACAUACACACACACACACACAAUAUCUGCAUACAUGCGAUGAAUAAAGGUGCAUACCCCUGUAACUCGGCCGUCGGAUUUCUCGAGGCUGCGAUCCGAGAGAAAUGGGAUUGCUGGAACAAUCUCGCCGCUCAAUUUGCAUUUCUGCGAUUUCUCGCCGUCGAUAUGUAAAUGACAACUUGGCGUGUAUUGUGACGUAUCUAAAAGAGCGGAAACAAUUUCCCCGCCGCUGUUCGCGCGCAGAAAUGUAUGUUCGUUUCUAGUUUGUGCGCGUUCUCAUUUCAUCAUAUGUUCUGGCAGAGUCCCCGUCGGGCGCGAAAAUCCCACAUGCGGACGAAUCUUACGGGAAACGAUCCGAGACGACGUUUUAAUAUUAUGCCAUUAAUUAUAGCGACAAAAGACAUCGUUGUAUAUCGGCCCUAUUACCUUAAUACUGUCCUGAUUUUGCGAGCCAAAUAAUAAAUCAGAACAUCAUUAUUGUUAUUUUAAUAUCACAUUUCUCUUACGUGAACGAACAUGAAACACGUUAUAUCUACAAAUGCAGCGCAAAGUCACGCCGACUAGUGAGAUGUAAUAAAGCGCAAUGAUUGUUCCUAGGAACGUUUCUCUUUGUAUAACAGCUUUUGAAGAAGACCUUUGCACGGUCAAUCGAUCAGAUGUUUACAAAUCGCAGGACUUCGUUGUAAUUUGUGGAAGUAAUGACAUUCUAGUAAUCUUUUUCGGAGAUAUAUUGUAACAAAUAGAUGAUCUGUGAUUAUAUUAAUGCGAUAUUUAUCGACCAAAACGUUUUAACCAUUGAUACGAUUGUGAGGCGAUAAAAACAAUUUUCUUUUAAUUUUUAAUACAAUGGAAAAUUAUAAAUAAUUGAAUAAUCCUUCACAUUUAAUUAUAAUUCGGACGUAGUUCGCGUAAGCGCAAUUCUAUACAGUGUAUCGCGUACGUAUAUAAAUCGUAUAUAAAAAUCUCUUAUGCGAACGCUCUAUAAGAUAAAUGUAUGUUCUGUAAAAACGCGAGUCUCAGCCACUUUUAUGUGCGGCGGCGGUCAAAAAGUCACUGCCACUGAAGCGCGAGACAUCCUUAACGCGUGUCAGAAGAUUGAUGCAUCUGUCGGAGAUGGCAUGGAUUCCGAUGGAUUCGUCUUGAUUUAUGACGUACAGAAACGUAGAAAGGCUCGCGAUCUCCUCUUCUAUUUUCUAUAGCGACAAGAGUCGCCCGGCUUGCGCGUAACUAUUACUCUCCGAUCUUGUAAGACAUUUUGAUUCACGAGAGAUACCGCUUGAUCCAUUUCUCAAAUUUCGUAAUCUUUGCAGAAGCGUAACGUCGUCUUAUCAUCCAAAAAUAAAACGACAGUGCGGAGAGUAAGUAUUUGAGAUUAUUUCGCUAGCAGUCGGUCGCGCGUAGGCGACGUUCCCGAGAGAGGGACCAUGUACUCGAGUAAAAUGAUUAUCGCCGGCUCCGGAUUUGACCUCGGGAUUGACUUUGGAACGGAACCGAAGUGAAUAUGGUGAUAUCGGUUAUAUUCGCGGCAACCGCUGUUGCUUUUGGCAUCGAACCACUUCGGCACUUUAGCCUGACAGAAGUCAGCUAACUUGGCGAUAAAUUUAUCUUCGCGCUUCGACGACUUGUUCCUGGAACAAUUUCAACGAAGCCCUGCGAUUUUCGCGUAUUAUCGUAUAUAUUUUAGUGGUAUAUUGCGUUAAUAUACUCGUUGCGUGAGAAAGCGAGAUCCCAUAAUAAAUGUCGUGAAUCGAGAAGACGAGUGAAAAUAAAUAACAUCGGUAUCAAUCGUGCAUUAAUAUUAUUAGAGGAAUUCUCCGAUGCGGUAUCGCGAUUGUCAGCGAUCGCGUUUCUUACUAUCGCCUCAUCCGGAUUUCGAAGGCUGUCACCUCCAACGAGCAAGACCGUAUUCUCGAAACACGGAAAACGUAAUGAUACGCAUCGUUCGAGCAAUUAGCAUCGUUCUCUAUUUAUUUACACUCGUCGACGAUGAGAAAUCCGCGUUUUCCAGUUAAGGAACAGUAGAAUGAUUCCCAUUCAUAUGUAAUGCGAACGUUUUCGCAUAGUUUCGAGAAUAGACGUUUAGAAACCGGGACGAUUGUGACCGUGGCGGAGAAGGAGAUGAAUUGUAUCCUCCUGUGUAAAGCGCAGGUAGGGGACUGAUAUAUGGUAACCGCAAUAGAGAGGCGCACGUCUAUUUUUAUGGCAGAUAUACGUGUUAAUAUGAAAUUGGAUGCGUGGUGGCGCAAGUCCAGCGCGAUAGAGGUCUCCAACAAUAAACGUGAUCUUGCCGAAAGACAGCCAAUGAUCAUGCCAAAGAGCGAGCGACCAGCGAGCUUUUAAUCAUAUCGUGCAUAAAGUACCUUUUUUCGAGGCCUCUACAAGAGAGAGCCUUUUCGAGAGGAAGAAAGAAAAGCGCGACCCGUCCGCCCGGUCGGGGCGAGAGGACGGAAAUAAGACAAAACGUUUCGUAACAAGUACAAUCCAAAAGCGAGUGAAAUGCGAGAGUGUUACAAUUUUAUUUUAUUAUUACAAGUCACGUUUUCGAUUGAUACCGAUAUAUAUUUAAGUAUAUAUACAGUGUGUUUCCGAGCGAAAUAGAUUUUUUCAACGUAUUCGACAGAUUAUUAUAAGCAAAGAAAUUUGUGGAUCGAUUUGAUUUCAUUAUCGAAACAUCGGAAGUUUAAUAAGCUACAGUUAUAUAUAUCAUAAAUAAUAUAUAAUAAAAUUUAAUAAUUUACCUGUAAUUUCUUUUUAAUGUGAUAAAUUUUACACUAUACUGUACAUUCUUUGUUUAAAAUGACUUCCCGAACAUGUUGACAAAAUCAGUUUCACUCAUCAGAAACACUCUAUAUAUGUAUGCAUAUGUAUAGAGAAAGAUGAUAUAACAACGGACCUAUCAUAAAAGACAGUGUGUGCGCUUACUAACUCGACCAGGAUAGUUCGCCGGAACGGGCAGGCUACCCCGAAAAAUGUAACGGCUAGCUUAAAUUUUAUUAUUUAAGUAACUAACGAUAUAAUUCGAGAAAAAAAAAAUCGUGAAAAAGACAGUUCCGAUUAUAGCGGCGCUAAGGAGCGAAAGAGCGAGAGAAAGAAUAGACAGAUAUCUGCUGAACGAAUGAGUGUGCUUUUGUAUAUAAAUAUUGUAUACGCACAUUGUACCGUAUCUUUAAAGCCACAUUAAUUAUCCGUAUUGUAGUCGGCGGAAACGUUAGCGCUAGCGAAUUUUCUUGUAUGAUGAACGAAUAAAAUGCAAAGUAUCGUUCGAUAAGAA